CCGAUAUGAAUCCAGUACCCGAUAACCCGACUCCGCUACCCUCGUCUUUGUCAACAUAGCUUGCGCUCCGAGCCUUGCACGACGAGCUCCUUCGCGCUUGCGCCCUUGCGAUCUCUCAGGUAAAAGAAGGAAAAAGAGGAAGGAUUUGCAAAGGGUUUAGAAGUGAAGGAUGAAGGAGCAACUCAAGCAAGAAGAGAAGAAUAAGUAUAGCAUCAUCAUUCCAACUUACAAUGAGCGACUUAACAUUGCCCUCAUAAUUUAUCUCGUCUUCAAGCAUCUUAGGGAUGUUGAUUUUGAGGUUAUUGUUGUGGACGAUGGAAGCCCUGAUGGAACACAAGAUAUUGUUAGGCAGUUGCAACAUGUGUAUGGAGAAGAUCGCAUUCUAUUGAGAGCAAGACCCAAGAAACUUGGUCUAGGUACUGCAUAUUUUCAUGGGCUAAAAUAUGCAUCAGGGAAUUUUGUGAUUAUUAUGGAUGCUGAUUUAUCACAUCAUCCGAAGUACAUACCAAGUUUUAUCAGGAAACAGAUGGAGACUGGUGCUAGUAUAGUUACAGGGACAAGGUACGUGAGAGGUGGUGGUGUUCAUGGUUGGAACCUUAUGCGCAAAUUAACAAGCAGGGGAGCCAAUGUACUUGCACAAACACUAUUAUGGCCUGGAGUGUCAGACUUAACUGGAUCUUUUCGGCUUUAUCGGAAGUCUGUCCUCGAAGAUGUCAUCUCAUCCUGUGUGAGUAAAGGUUAUGUAUUUCAAAUGGAAAUGAUUGUUAGGGCUUCCAGAAAAGGUUACCAUAUAGAAGAGGUACCCAUAUCUUUUGUUGAUAGAGUUUUUGGAAGCUCAAAACUUGGAGGGUCUGAGAUCAUCGAGUAUUUGAAAGGCCUUUUAUAUCUGAUGUUGACAACAUAAAUUAUCAUUGGUUUUUAGUUACUUUUCUGUGAGAUUUAAUUAUGUGCUUUUUUGACAUACCUUUAUGAGGAAAAGAUGAUUACCUUUAAGAUUGUUUUGUAAUUAACUCUACUCUAGCUUUAGUUGAUAUUUAUAGAAUGUGUAUGCUCUGAAAGUUUGCUUC